GGCCGAAACUGUCAAACUAGUGAUUUAUUAUCUUGCUAAUCCGCAAUUCGUUUCUCUUAAAUAUGCUUCAAUUCAUUUACAAUUCUAAAAAUUUUGUCAUUUUUAUAACUGUCAAAUUCAAAAUUAUAAAUAAAAAUUAUUUGGGAAAGCACAAUGGAACAUAAAAAGAAAAAGUAUUCAACUUUAGUUCUGAAGCAAAUAUCAUCCACUAAAGAAUACCUAAAUACUUUAAGCGUUCAAAUAUCUCAUAAUAAUAAUUUAUUGAAUUGGUUUAAGGGAUUGUGUGCUCAACUUACAAAGUUAAUUGUUCUUCUUACAGACUUUCACAAAAUUAUUGAUAAAAAUAUAGAAUAUAAGGAAACAUUAUUAUUGUAUCUACAUCAACUGCUCACAAUUUUGUCUUUACUUAUAAAUAUAUUUGUAAGAGAAUCAGCACUUGAUCAACCAUUGAGUGAAAUCAGAUUUUUCUGUAAAAAGCAAAUGCUGUGGUCAUUGGAUGGAAUUUUUGAGACCAUAACCAAAAAUUCAUACUUGCAAAACUCUAAGGCAAAUUUCAUUAGUUGGAUGGACAUUGCAAUUGAAAAAAUUAAUUUAAUUGACUUUGUUAAUGUGGAACAAGCAAGUAUGGAUUUUAAUGAAACAAAGAAAAUUUUUGAAGAAGUAUUAAGCCAUGCUAUGUCAUUAGCUCAAGUAACAUUAGAAGAGGAGUAUAAAAUGAUACGAGGAAGCAGCCAAACUGUGUUAGAUGCUCUAGGAAGUCUUUCUAAAGAAAUGAACAAAAUCAAACCCAAUACAGCAAUGUUAAAUCUUUUUGUAGAUACAUGCAAAAAUAAACUGUGUGCUCUUGAACACAAAGUUAAUACAGCAGUGUUAAAAUUGAGUUUAAAAGUAUUUUCUGAGUAUACCUUACCCCUUGAAGCCAUACACAAUUUUUGUUUUGAUAAAACAAAUAAAGGAGAUCAAGAAAAAUUGGAUGAAUUGAUUGUUGAAUUUGACCUUCACGUGGAUAGACUUUUACAAAUUGGCUUGUUUGCAAUAUCUUGUUCAAGCUGUCCUAACAAUUGUAGCAAAAUUAGAAGUAGUAUGGCAAGCUUAGAGGCAUUAGAAACAGAAUUGGUCCCAGCUUUUACAUCAGUUUUAUUAGACUUCAACUUGAGCAAUUCUCAUCUAGCACUUUUAUUGAAAGAUCAUUGGAUUAAUCAGGCACAAAUAUUACAAAGAUUAAUAUAUCUUAUUAUCGAUCCAAGCGCAUUUUGUGAGGUAAUAUUUGAAGAAAACAAACUGUUAAUAGAUGAAAUGUUGGACACUUUCAAAGUACAUUUCAUACUUAAUGAAAAUUGUUUCAAGAAAUUUAUGAGACAGUCAAAUAUUCUAAUGGAUUUUAUGACAAUUAUAUUAGAGGAAGAACAAGAAAUUAAUAUUGAAGACGUUAAAGGAGUACUUACAGAAUUUAAAUAUGUUCUUCAUGAAGUUCAGUCGGCAUAUGAUAUUCUACCUCAGAAAAAAACUAGCUACAUGAGGAUAUUAAAAAGGUGUAAAAUUCUUUUAAAAUCAAUAAAAUAUUUAUGGAACUGCUUCAUAGAUGAAAAUCAAAGUGUUUCAAUAAAAGAAAAGUGUUAUGGUGAUAAAUCUCCAGUUACAGACCACUCAACAAAUUUAGAUUAUAUUGUUGCUAGAGGACAACAAAUUUUAAAAGAUCGCAGUAUUCUAUACAGGACAGAAAUUAAAAAUGGAACCUUUAAAAUGCACAAUCAAGGUGAUAAUAGCAGCUAUGUGAAUGGUACCAAACUAAUGUCAUCUUUGAAACUAGUACACCUUCGAAAUAGAACAUUUAUAAAUUCUAAUAAGACUAGUACUAAACUUCAAAUGUCGGAUAUAUUAAAUGAACUUAACAAUCUCACACACGUCUCGUUAAAUAAAACUGUUCAUAUUAAAAAAUAAUAAUUUAUUAUAGAUUAUAGGAUAACAUGGAAUGAUCACAACAUUUGUGUAACUUAUUUUUGUUAUUACUAUUUAAUACUGACAAGAGUAAACUUGUUUUACCAACUGUAAUGUGAGUUUGUUUUUUAUAAACCUUCAUUCCUGUCCUAAACUGAUCGAGUUUUCGUUUUAUUUUACAGUUGAUGGAAGGUAAUGUAAAAACUUCCUCCAUUUUAAAUCUGCAGUUUCUUCCUGUCGGGUAAGCUACUUUCCGCCUCAUUUUGAUUAGCUUAGAUUUUACGGCUACAAAAUUUAUGUCUAGUUUCUCUGUUUCUAAAAAAUAUUUUAAUUUAAUGUUUUAAAUCAGCUAAAUUCAUGUAACGCUUUCAACAAACACAAAAUAAUAUUAAUGU